GUGGGCGAGGGCGCCAUGUCGGGCCCCCGGGCGGCCCUGCAGGCCUGGUGCCGCCGCCAGUGCCGGGGCUACCGCGGCGUGGAGAUCCGGGACCUCAGCGGCUCCUUCCGGGACGGCCUGGCCUUCUGCGCCCUCCUGCACCGGCACCGCCCGGACUUGCUAGAUUUCGAUUCCCUCUCCAAGGACAAUGUGUAUGAGAACAACCGCCUGGCAUUCGAGGUGGCGGAGCGGGAGCUGGGGAUCCCCGCCCUCCUGGACCCCAACGACAUGGUCUCCACGAGCAUCCCCGACUGCCUCAGCAUCAUGACCUAUGUGUCUCAGUACUACAACCACUUUGCCGGCCCCAACCGAGCCGAAUCUCCUUCACCCCCGAAGCGGCCGGCAGCCCCCGCGUCUUCCUCGCCUCCCGCUCCCGCGAAGGCCGACGCAGAGCCUGAAACCCCGGUGCAGGAGGAGGAGGAGGAGGCGGCGGCUGAGCGGGCCCCCCGUGACACCCCCGGGGAGGCCCCCAGCAGCUCCUGUGCCAUCUGCCACCAGCACGUUCACCUAGUGCAGCGCUACUUGGCCGAGGGCAACCUGUACCACCGCCAGUGCUUCAGGUGUAAGGAGUGCUCCAGCACCCUGCUGCCCGGAGCCUACAAAAGCGGGCCAGAAGCGGGGACCUUCGUAUGUACCCAACACCGGGGCCGGCUGGGCAGGAGGGGCCGGCCCGAGGGCGGGCCCGCCGGGACCCCCCCCGGCCCCCGGCGGAGCGGUGAAGCUGGCGCCGCCGGCUUGGGAGAGGAUGCCCCCGCCUCGGGCCGGGACGCCGGCCCCGGCGUCCCCGAGCGGAUCCGCCCGGUCGCCGGGGGCCCGGGGGAGAGACUACAGCCCAGCCCCGUCUCCCGGCCCCAGACCCCGCCCAAGCCCCCCGUCCCCACCAGACCCCCAGAUCUGCCCAGCACCCCCGCCGGCCGCCCAACCCCCGCCCCGAGGAGGAGCGUGGACGCAACCAGCCCUGGAGGCCAGCCGGUCCCCCGGCCCCGGAUCCAUGCACUGGGGGAGAGCUCCGGAGAGCUCGGGACCAGCCUGGUGAAUGGAAGGUUGCAUGAGACCAGCCCCCCGGUCCCCAAACCAAGAGGGACGCCCAAGCCCCCUCCUGAGCAAGGGGCUGCCCCCAAGAAGCAGAAAGACCCUCCCUGGAUGGCCCUGGUCCAGGCGGAGCCCAGAAAGAAACCAGCCCCCCGACCCCCUGGCAGCAACAGGGAGCCCCCCGCCCAGGCUGAGGAAGAGGAGGGCCAGGCUCAGGCCCAGGAGGACCAGCCAGUUGGUGGGGGGGACCCCAAACCGUACAACCCCUUCGAAGAAGACGAGGAGGAAGCCCCACCCGCCGGACCUCCCGCUGCUCCCGAGCGCAGCGAGCUGAACCCCAAACCCCUGCACCCCUGGUACGGCAUCACUCCCACCAGCAGUCCCAAGACCAAGAAGCGGCCGGCCCCCAGGGCGCCCCAAGCCUCUCCGCUCCCCCCCCACGCCGCCCGCCUCCCGGCCUCCCGCCUCUCUCACUCAGAGCCGCCCUCCUCCACCCCGUCGCCGGCCCUCAGCGUGGAGAGCCUGUCCUCCGAGACCUCCGCCAAGGCCCCGGGGGAAUCGGACGCCGCGCCCGUGCCCAAGAGCUCCUCUGAGCCGGCCGUGCACGCCCCCGCCGCCCUCGCCCACAACUCCUCCCUCUCCUCCUCCUCCUCCUCCACCUGCUCCUCCUCCGGGGAGCUCGUCCGGCCCGGACCAGCGGAGAGCCCCCGGCCCGGCCUCGGUUCGCCCUCCCAAAGUGCCAGGAGCAGCCCCAGCCUUCGGCCCAGCAAGCCCUGCAGCGGGACCGUCCCCGCUCCCCUGCCGCCGACCCCAGAGAGGAGUCCUGGGAAUUCCCCACAGCUGCACGUGAAGUCUUCCUGCAAGGAGAACCCCUUUAACCGGAAGCCUUCCCCGAUGGCCUCGCCCUCGGCGAAGAAACCUCCCAAGGGGUCCAAGCCGGCGCGACCCCCGGCCCCUGGACACGGCUUUCCGCUCAUCAAGCGUAAGGUCCAGUCUGACCAGUACAUCCCGGAGGAGGACAUCCACGGGGAGAUGGAGACCAUCGAGCGGCAGCUGGACGAGCUGGAGCGGCGGGGGGUGUUACUGGAGGAGAAACUGCGCAGUGGGGAGAACGACAGCCGCGAGGAUGACCUGCUGGUGGACUGGUUCAAACUCAUCCACGAGAAGCACCUGCUCGUGCGCCGGGAGUCCGAGCUGGUCUACGUCUUAAAGCAGCAGAACUUGGAACAGCGUCAGGCGGACGUGGAAUACGAGCUGAGGUGCCUUCUCAACAAGCCCGACAAAGACUGGACGGAAGAGGAUCGGGCCAGGGAGCAGAUGCUGAUGCGGGAGCUGGUGACCAUCAUAGAGCAACGCAACGCCAUCGUCAACUGCCUAGAUGAGGACCGGCAGAGGGAGAAAGAGGAAGACAAGAUGUUGGAAGCCAUGAUCAAAAAGAAAGAUUUCCACAAGGAGGCCGAACCCGAGGGGAAGAAGAAAGGAAAAUUCAAGCCCAUCAAGGUGCUAAAACUUCUGGGGAACAAGCAUGACUCCAAAAGCAAGUCACCUAAGGACAAAAGCUAAGAGCUGGGCCCAGCCAAUCGGGAGAUCCGGCCAGGCGGGAGACCCGGCCUCCCGACAGAGCCUCCGUCCCCGACCCUGGGAGCCAGAGGCCCUGUUGGUUAGCCCCCUGCCUCCCACCCUGCCCACCGGCACAGGUUCUAGCUGAGACGGGGCACCCUAUUCUCUCCCCUGAGGAGGAUUUCAGGAUCCACCCAGAAGAGGAAGGAGGAGGAAGCGGGGCUCUCCUGGACCGUGGCCUUCCCCUUGCUCAAGAUCUUCGGGUUGAGCCCCCCAAAGAGUUCCCUGUGCCUCCCUCUCUCUUUGCUGUGGGCAGCAGGGGCAGCUGCCAAGGAGAUCUGAUCUGGUUGGAUUUCUAGAGUGAACAAGGUUUUUAUUCCCGACUAGCUGAGCGGUAGAGGAUCGAGAUGGCGGCGGGAAUCUUGCACUACCGACCCCUGACCCCAUCCCUGCCAAACUGACUGCCAAGGCUGCCUCUUCCCUCCCCACCCACUCCACCUCCGCCCUCCCCUCCCACCCACGUCCAAGAAACAGCUCGCAAUUUGUAGCUUUCACUGCCACAGGUUCAACUGUAAUCCCUCCUCAGCUCUCCUCCCUUCACGGCUCCAUCGCUCCGGGCCCGUGGCGAUGAUGAGGGGGUCAAGGAGCAGUGCUCAGCUUCCUUGGCUUUCUCUCUGAGCACAGGGGGUCGGUCUCCUCUCCUCCAGACUCUUGCUUCGGCCUCAGGAUUGGCCGCAGGAGGCACUUUCUCCCUCUGACCUUCCCCCCCUAAAAACACACACCUUUCUUCCUCCUUGCCUUGGAGAUAUUUAUUAAGCUGUUUGACCAGUCUGAGUUAGAGGCCGAAUUCCAGCCGCGGUGGCUGCGUUUGGAUUUCCGGUGACGGGGAGCUGCAGAGCCCCCUGGGCCAGAGUAAACCUGGCACGGGGGCCGAGUGCCUUCUUUCCUCCCUUGUUCCCCCUCAGAGCACCAAUGGAAAGGACACCGAUCUGUCCCCUCUCACUGACCUCUCUGGGCCUGUCCCCCCACAGUCCAGCCAACUCAGUACCAACUGAGGCCGGCUAGGGAAAGGGUGGGCCCGAUGUGGCCGGGGUGGUGACCGCUCCUUUUCCAGGCCGUCUCUGGUCCGGAAGACUUCCUCGGAGGUCAGUUGCCAAAGGUUCUAUGAACAACAGCUUUUGGGCUGUGCUUCCUUCUGCCUAUCUGUUGAGUGAGGACCAAACCGUCCGAACUCCCCGGGGAGCUCUGUCUGCGCAACAAUAAAUGGAAAAUGACCGCA